AUGUUCAAAUUCUUGAAAGGAGUGGUUGGCGGAUCGGGUCCGGGCCUCAAGGAUCUGCCAUAUAACAUUGGGGAACCGUACUCUUCAGCAUGGGGCUCCUGGGUGCAUCAUCGUGGCACCUCCAAGGAUGAUGGGGCUCCUGUCUCAAUAUUCUCUCUUUCAGGGAGCCAUGCGAACGAUGGACCUCUAAUUGCUGGUCGUAAUGGUGUCAAACGCCUUCGAACGGUCAGACAUCCAAAUAUUUUGUCAUUUUUGCACAGUACGGAGGCUGAAAUCUUGGAAGGUUCUAGUGCAAAGGUUACCAUCUAUAUUGUGACGGAGCCUGUUAUGCCGCUUUCUGAAAAGAUCAAGGAAUUGGGUUUAGAGGGCAGCCAAAGGGAUGAAUAUUAUGCAUGGGGACUGCACCGGAUAGCUAAAGCUGUGAGCUUCUUAAAUAAUGAUUGUAAAUUGGUUCAUGGUAAUGUUUGUAUGGCUAGUGUUGUCGUCACUCAAACAUUGGACUGGAAACUCCAUGCGUUUGAUGUUUUGUCUGAGUUUGACGGGAAUAGUGAAGCUUCUGCUGGACCAAUGCUUCAAAAUGAAUGGCUAAUUGGUUCACAAUACAAACCAACAGAGUUGUUAAAGUCUGACUGGUCAGUAAUCAGAAAGUCACCACCUUGGGCUACAGAUUCUUGGGGUUUGGGAUGCCUAAUAUAUGAACUCUUCUCUGGCCUGAAGUUGAGUAGAACUGAGGAUUUACGAAACACCACCAACAUACCCAAGUCUUUACUUCAAGAUUAUCAGCGUCUGUUGAGUUCAAUGCCAUCCCGCAGAUUGAAUCCCUCUAAACUUCUGGAAAAUAGCGAGUAUUUUCAAAAUAAGUUGGUGGAGACCAUACAGUUUAUGGAAAUUCUUAACUUGAAGGACAGUGUGGAAAAAGAUAAUUUUUUCCGUAAGCUUCCAAAUCUCGCAGACCAGCUACCACGCGAGAUUGUGCAGAAAAAGCUGCUUCCAUUGCUAGCAUCUGCAUUAGAAUUUGGCUCAGCUACUGCGCCUGCGUUGACUGCACUGUUGAAAAUGGGAGCUUGCCUUUCAGCAGAAGAAUAUGGUCUUAAGGUAUUACCAACUAUUGUCAAGCUUUUUGCAUCUCAUGAUCGUGCUAUUCGCGUUGGGCUUCUUCAGCACAUUGACCAAUAUGGCGAGUCAUUAUCUGCGCAAAUUGUUGAUGAACAAGUUUAUAAUCAUGUUUCCAAUGGGUUUUCCGACACAUCUGCUUUUCUGCGGGAGUUGACGCUGAAAUCUAUGCUUGUUCUGGCUCCUAAGCUCUCGCAGCGGACAAUAUCAGGGUCAUUGUUGAAGUACCUUUCAAAGUUACAGGUUGAUGAAGAACCAGCAAUACGGACAAAUACGACCAUAUUGCUUGGAAAUAUUGCCAGUCACCUUAAUGAAGGGACAAGGAAAAGGGUACUCAUAAAUGCAUUCACAGUUCGAGCUUUGCGUGAUACAUUCUCUCCUGCCAGAGGAGCAGGUAUUAUGGCUCUGUGUGCCACUAGUUCUUAUUAUGAUGCCACUGAGAUUGCUACCAGAAUUUUGCCAAACAUUGUUGUCCUGACAAUUGAUCCAGACAGUGAUGUUCGAUCAAAAGCAUUCCAAGCAGUUGAACAGUUUUUGCAACUGGUGAAGCAAUACCAUGAGAAGACAACAACUGGGGAUGUCACAGGUACAGGCACGGGGAUUUCAUCAAUUCCUGGCAAUGCAAGUUUACUUGGAUGGGCUAUGAGUUCUUUGACUAUGAAAGGCAAACCUUCUGAGCAGAGUACACUGGCUUCAUCAAACACAAGUGCACCUCUUGCAUCUUCCACCUCUAAUGCCAGUUUCGUGAUGGAGGAUGCAAGUAUAGCGCCAGUCCGCGUGAGUUCCAAGACUGACUCAAGUCAUUUUGUUGAUCACAACCGACCUCCAUCCCCAGCAUCGACUGAUGGGUGGGGAGAACUCGAAAACGGCAUUCCUGGAGAAAAUGAUAGUGACAAAGAUAGCUGGGAUGACAUGGAACCACUCAAGGAGGCGAAACCUUCCCUUGCUCUUGCAAACAUCCAGGAAGCUCAAAAGCGGCCAGUCUCUUUGCUGAAACCACAAGUUCUGAAUUCAAGACCUAAGAGCAGCACACUAAAGCCGAGUAAAGGCGAUGAUGGUGACUUGUGGGGUGCUGCAGAGGACCCUACUCCUAAAUCCAUGCCCAAACCCUUAAUUGGACAAACUGACAGAGUAGUCAAUGACGAUGACCAUCCUCGUGCUGCCUCGAUUCCCAAGACUUCAUCCAAUUCGCUGAAUUUGAAAUCUGGUGGGUCAGCGGAUGACCACCUCUGGGCCUCCAUUGCAGCUCCUCUACCUUCAGCCGGGCAGAAGCCUUUGUUGGCUGGACGAAGUCGGACAGGCAAACCUGCUGUUCCAAAGUUGGGUGCUCAAAGGAUAAACAGAACAUCCUCAGGGAUGUAA